AUCCACAUAACACCGGUCGACUGCAGCCGGAGUACAGUGGAUCACUUGCGAGCUGCUUGUGGCUGGAAUACGAUAGUCCAGCAACCCUCACAAUCUGGAUGAAGCCCUGGGCACGACAGCAGCAGCUAGCCGGCUGACACACAGAACGUCCGUCCCACAACCACAGCCGAGACAGCAACGUUACCAUCACCAGCCGCGGGUAAGUGCAGACAUUUCAGGUUUGGUUUAGCAUGUCAACUUUUGGUCGUCAUAAUACCACAAGAACUUUUUAAGACGUGACGUUCAGAUCGACGCCGUUGACGUCAUGACGAAGAAGGACGUAGACGAAGGCUGGGCGUGGGUGGUCCUGGUGGCGUCCUAUAUGAACGGAUUCCUGCUGUCGGGAGUGUGUUACAUGGGAGGGAUGUUCCAGGUCGUUCUGUUGGAGCACUUCAAGCAGAGCGUGGGUCUCACAGCCUGGGUCACGUCAGUGUACGCUUCACUCAUGUUGUUUGCAGGUCCUCUAGCGAGUGUCAUCACUUCCUACUUCGACUGCCGGACGUCCGUGAUGCUCGGCGGUCUGCUGCUCGCGGGGGGUUUGGCCGGAAGUAGUUUUGCAACAUCCUUGAGCUCCCUAUUCGUGUCCUUUGGUAUUAUUGCAGGUCUUGGGUUAGGUUUAAGUUACACGCCCUCUAUCGUCAUUGUCAGCUACUACUUUGAAAAGAAACGGACGCUUGUGACGAGUGUAGCCCUUUCAGCCGCCGGCACUGGACUCUUGAUCGCGCCAUUACUGUUCCGAUAUCUACUGGACAACUAUGCAUGGCAACAAUGUAUGGUCAUAUUGGCCGGAAUCUGUGUUCAUGUCACGCUUUUCGGGGCCCUUAUGUUUCCGAUACACGAAAGAAAGGAUGGCCGGGUUUUCUCAAAGUGCCGGAAACAGAGGCCAAAGGAUCUGCCAGAAGAUCUCGCAUCGAGCCAGCUGCUCAAUGGAGCUGUAGAUAAUGACAUUAAUCAUUCCAGGAUUACGUCAUAUGAGACUGAUAAGUAUGGAAGUAUAAUUCUUAAAGACGACUUUGAAGCAACUGAGAAUGGAUUGUUUACCGAGGGAAAUCGGACUUCAGAAAGUCAGUUGGAUAUAUUCAAGAAUGUGGCUUUUGUUGUGUUUUGUGUGAAUCAGAUAAUGGUGAACGCAGCAUGUGGCGUGUUCAACAUCCACUUGCCGGCUUUCUGUGAAUCCUACGGUACCAGUGCUCAGCGGGUUUCCUGGGUCCUCUCGGUUAACGGCCCAGCCAACAUUGUGUCGCGAAUCCUGCUGGGGGCGUUUGCACACGCCAGCGAGAGGGAUGUGUGGGUCCUAUAUUAUGGAGUUCUGUUGACUUCCGGUACAAUAUUCUGUUUAAUGCCGCUCUUUGCGAAGACAUACCUCACUCAACUGAUAGCUGUUAUUCUCAUAGGAACAUAUCUUGGGGGUUCGUAUUCUCUCCCACCGGUCCUGACAAUAGAAUGUGUGGGUCUGAAGAAGCUUGCGUCAGCGUUUGGUGUAACCAUGAUCUGCGCUGGGUCUGGGUGGCUGGUGGCGCCGCCUAUAGCAGGGUGGUUUGUCGACUUAACAGGCUCAUACGACUACAGUAUGUAUCUAGCAGGUGUCUUGAUGUUCCUGUCUGUUCUUCUGGGGUUGGUGGUGCCACAACUGAUCAAGUCUGAGAACCAGUACCAUAUUCAGAGAGACCACUCAGUUGUCAUUGAGGAUGCGGAGAAAAAUGAUGAAGGUACUGAGAUGCAUACAAGGGAUGGAGUUUGAUUACUACCUUCACCCGCCUUCAUCUCCUGUACUUGUGAGUGUGCUACACGUGCACGGCUCAUAAUUUCUAGAGGACAAAAUAUUUCAAGGUUAUAAUACAAAGGUCUGGUGCCUGAAACAUUGAUGACUCCAAGUCCUUUUGACCAUGGAAAAUAGUCGACUUAUCUGUGGUAAGGAGUGCCGGCAUUAGUCUGGUGGAGAUGAAGAUGACGUUACGUGGUAUUAACGAUGUAUCGACACGUGAAGAUCACGUGAAGAUCCGGGGUAGAAUAGGUCUUCAGCAACCCAUGCUUGUCGUAAAAGGCGACAAUGCGAGUCGUAAGAG